AUGGCAGGGCAGUACCAGAAAGCUUUUGAACACUGUAUUAGUAUAAUUAACUCACCAAGUAAUGCAAUAUUCUGGCAAGUCAUCAAAGCUGGAGUGGAGACGACCUGUAAAUGCCAUGGUGUAUCUGGAUCCUGUACUGUGCGAACAUGCUGGAGGCAGCUCUCUCCAUUCCACGAAAUAGGGAAGCAGCUGAAGCAGAAAUAUGAGACGUCGCUCAAGGUGGGUAGCACUACCAAUGAGGCCACAGGGGAAGGAGACAUCUCUCCACCCAAGAAGUCCAUCCCUGGUCACAGUGAUCAAAUCCCAAGGACUACGGAUCUUGUCUACAUUGACGAUUCCCCAAGCUUCUGUCUGAUGAGCAGAUACUCACCUGGGACUUCGGGAAGGAAAUGUUAUAAAGACAAGAACUGCGACAGCAUCUGCUGUGGGCGAGGGCACAAUACGCAGAGCCGGGUGGUCACCCGCCCGUGCCAGUGCCAGGUUCGCUGGUGUUGCUAUGUGGAAUGCAAGCAAUGCACCCAGAGAGAAGAGGUUUAUACCUGCAAAGACUGACGCGUCUUCUGUCUCUUGGCUACCCUCAGUGGUGGGCGAUUGCGGUCUAUGAGAACUACAUAUGGAGACAAACAGGGUUUGACUGACCUUCUGGGAUCUGAAAGCUAUGUUGAGACAUAAGCACUUUGCAGGGUACAGGUGACCCAGCUGUGUUGCUGUUUUUUUUCCUCCUGUAGACUGAAUUUUAAUGAGGUCCAACCAUGUGGAAGUAAGUGCCUGUCACGCUGGGGUUAGACACCAGUUGACCUUCACCUUAGUCAUUCAUGCAGUUUGGCAGAUCAUUUGUCCAUGGAACAUCCUGAUCAUUUCACCAAUCCUCCAUGGAUGCC